UGUGGCCUAUCGUGGUUUAGUUAUGCAAAUCUUUGGUACAGUAUUUUGAAGUACGGUAGCCUACCACAGCCAAAAGACAAAAGUCAAAACCUGAUGUAGCCAGCUAAACUGGAGAAGUGAAACAGGUAAAGAAAACGAGUUUGUUAGGUAGAUUUAGCUCUAAUUCAUUAUUUAAUCAAACUGAAACGAAAAUAGAUUUACACCUGUUAACGCUUAAACGGCAAGAUGUGUUGGGAACGAGACGGACUUUGGCAUUGUCCUGUCCCCACGUGAAUAGUGGGACACGCCUUUAUAAUUGUCACUGCCAAAGCUAGCCGACUAAACUCAACUAUAUGAUAUACGAUGGAGUUGAUGAGCGAAUAGUGUGGGCGAAUUGGAGCUCCGACGUCAUAUUAAAUAAAGUUAUUUUUAAAUCAAUAACUACUGAUUUCAGCACCGAAAGAGUAGCCCGCAAGUAGAACAAUGUCGUGUUUAAUUUCGGGCUAUUCGUUGGGUGUUGAAAUCAGUAGGUUUAGAUAAAAACGUAAUUUGAAGUGACGUCGGAGCUCUAGUAUGCCCACACAAAUCCAUCGUAAAUCGUGGAAUUGCGUUUAAUCGGCUAUGCUAAGGCUUGAAAGUCAAGUCCAUGAUUUUCCAAUGAUGAGGGAUAAGAAUUUGCCAAAUAUAUUAUUUUGUGAUAUUAUAAUUAUACUGUAUAGGCAUGCUGGUUAGAUAUAAAUAUGGACACCAUCGCUGUCAGUCAGCUGUGUUGGUGACGUUGGUGGAUGCAUGCAUUAAUGAAUGGUUUCGGUAUGUACCUAAUUUCACAUUAUUCGUUUUGUGGAGAUAUGUAUUUAUCUUUGCUAUAUUUUUGAUGAUGCUCUCUUUCUACAGAUGUUUCACCAAAGGAUCCAAAGGAAUAUGCAGGCAGCUCUCCUUCCCUGUGGAUUCUAAAUUAUAUGGGCCUGAUUUUGGCAGUGGUUACCUUCUGAAGAUGUGGCAUUCCAUUCUCACUUGAACUAGGCCGGGUCUUCCAUGGCCAUGUUUCGGCUCCGAGCUGUGACUGGGAGCUUCUACUUUCGCAGGUUUCUGCAUGGGGGGGCAGCGAACUGGGACCAGGUUCUGGAGCAGCUUGGCAUCUGCUCUGGUGAAGACCAAGUGUUGGAGGUGGUGGGCAAGAACAAGGCCAAACUGACUGUGAACCAUGUUGGCUGUGCCAUGGGCAUGCUCUGGCAGUUCCAGAGAGAAAAGCCACAGAUGCUGAGAACGGUUGAGUUCAUCAAAAGCCACCCAGAGUUCCUGACUCUCCGGGUGCUGGCUGAGAACAAAAUUGAGCUCAUGGAGGAUUUCACAUUGGUGGACAUACUCUACAAUGUUCUCAGGUACAGAUGUUGGCUAGGUGGGUAAGCAUAUAUAAUCAGUCCUGAAAUGUUUGUUUAUGUUUUCACAUCAAACUUGUAUCUUCUAAUUUGAAGGCUCAAUGUGGAACCAUAUGAUUCUCUUGUUCAGCAUUUGGUCUCAGAGGCUUGGCUUAGAUUAUACAGGUAAAUCGAUAAAAUUGUUUUAUUUUGCCAUUGAAUAAUACAUACUAACAGCAGAACCAUUAUCUUUUAACAUGGGGGACUGAGCUGGUGUACAGAUGUGAAUUCACUGUUUUGCAGAUUUCCGAUGCCAUCACUGUCCAAGUUUGCUGUCUGCCUAAGUGAUCAACGUCUGCAGCACAGUCCUCUGAUGGGUCAGAUCACUGACGUUUUGAAUCAAAAACUCUCCGCAAUUGAUGAUGCAAGGUACACAAAAAAGAUCACUACCAGUAAUCUGUAAAUCCUUGAUAUUACCAUUUCUAUUUUUUUCUGGACAUGUAUCUGCAGGAUCCUGACAACCCUGAUGGUCAGCGUGUCACCUUUGGUGUCUCCUCAUCUGCGGGAUGCACUCAUUGUAAAGGCAGAUAGUCUCCUGGACACCAUGGAUCCCUCCCACUACAACAACCCCAGGAGGGUGGUGCAGUUUCUGCGCAACAUUAAGUAUAGUUACCGUCCCCUGCUGGAGAAGUGCAACCAUAUUCUCCUGCGCAAUAUUCCCCACCUGGAUGCAGAGAACAUUAGCAUCAUCAUGGGGCUCUACCAGUCGCUGCAGUUCAACAACUGUGACUUCCGCCUGGCUGCAAAACAGAGGCUAAUGGAACUAGUGGACUCGAGCACAGACCCAUUCUCCUUCACUAAGCUGUUUGUUGCUCUUGGGCCUAUGGCAGGGCAGGACACCAAAGAGAGGUAGAGUGAACAUUUUAGUAUGCUGAAACCAUUACCUGUUUCAAUAACUGUAUAGUUUUACAACUAUUAAACAACAUUUCAUCCUGAUGCAAGUUCAAUUCACACACCAUUUUACAACUCAUUGAUAAGUACUUAUCUUUCAGGCUGGAGAGUACAACACUGCUUUUGGCAGAGGAGUUUAAUGCACAGCAGGCCCUGGUUGUGGCAGAGACACUGGAGGAGAUUCAGUGUAGAAACCUGCAUCUGAUCCAAAAGUAAGUUCAUUCUCUGUUACAGCUUUGUUUGAAAGUUGCUUGUAGACAAUACAACUAAGGCAAGUUAUCUCUUUACAGGAUUGUAUCAGUAGUCCAUAAGAACCUGCAUGUCUACAAGCCCAUUGAGAUAGCCAGGAUCACACAAGCCCUGAUCCUGCUGCAGUACCAGAGUCCAGAGCUCUUCACUAAAUUAAGGAACAUCCUAGUUCAGUGAGUGGUUAUUCUAAAGACCUACCUCUGCCCACUAUGAUCCUUUAUGACAGUUUACUCUUAUUGCAUACUAUACAAAGUAUGAGUAAGCUAAUACAAUUCUUUCUCACAGCUUCUUGCAGGACAGUGUCUACCCAUAUGAAGUGACCAUGCUGACUCGUGUUCUGUCCAUGCUACCUUCACCUCAACUCGACGAAGGCGUCAUUUCACGGGUGGAGGCAGUGCUGCCCCAGUGUAAUCUGAAUGACCUCAACACCUUUGCAAUGGCCGUCGCUAAGUGGGUGCGCAAUGACCCGUCCUACCGACACAACACGCCCAGCAAGUACGUGCGUCUGCUACAGACACUGAAACCGCUGUGGGCAUGAGCGUCUGCUCAAGGCUGACCGCCUGGACUUGGUGUUGGAGGAGCUCAAGUACAUGUCAGGGGAAUGGUUUGAGGAGAUGCUGCUGGAGGAGACCAUGGUUACGCUCCAGAGGCUGGAGAAUCAGAUAUCCUGGGCCAAUGUGCCUGAGAUGGCCCUUUUCCUGACCAGGACUAAUCACCUCUGUAUUCCAUUAAUGGACCGCAUAGCUAGCGUGACCAUGGAGCACAUCAACAAGGUACUUUGAGACAGUACAUUUUAUUUCACAUCAGGGAAUACUGUUAUUUUGCCUGUAUGUAUGUAGAUAGGAUAGAAUGAACUAUUUUUUUUCUCUCUUUCCUGAAGAUUCACUACUCAGCAACUUAUGCCACCUUGCUGCCCUUUGCUAUACUGAAUUAUAAUCCACCAAGGGUGGAUAAGAUGUUUGACAUCUGCAUUCAGCACUUCAUACCUCAUAUCAGUAAGUGAUUGUGGAUUAUGUUACAUUUUUGUAUUUGGAACUCAUCAAAAGGACCAGACAAAUAUAUUGAUCUUCUUCCUCCAGGUUUCUUUGACCCCCAUCUGCUGGUACUUCUUGCAUACGCCCUGGCUGUGGCUGAUUGCUUCCCAGAGGACCUGAUUCGAGAAAUCUUCAACGUGGAUUUCCUUGCCAAGCUGGAUUCCCAGUUAGAAAGUAUGUUAUAGAAAUAUCAGAAUGAAGACAAAGCCAGCAUCCUGUAUCCCCUACUAUCUGAAAACUGCAUUUUAAGAUAAAGCUGAUGGGAUAAGAUAACCUCUCUGUUAUGUGGUAGCCCUGCCUGACGCCCAAAACAUGCGGAUCCGCCUGCGUCUCAUGGAGCUAAAUCGGGCUGUGUGUCUGGAGUGUCCAGAGUUCCAGGUACCCUGGUUCCACGAGCGUUACUGCCAACAGUUGCAAAAGAAAAGUGAGCCAAUACAUUUAUUCAUAAUUGUGGAAGUCCCUACUCCCUACAAUGUAAAUGUUGAGGGUCUAAUUUCAUGCUUACUUUUUUCAGGGAAUGGUUCUAUCAGUCCUUUACAACAACAAAUUCACAAAAUGCUUGGGGAGGUUCUUGGAGAGAUUAAUUGUGCCAGAGUGGCAGUGCUCACUCCUUAUUUCUACAAAGUAGGUGGGUAAUACACAGGAUUGGAUUGCAACAUGUUUGACAGCAAUAGGCUCCUGGCCAUGUCUUAUGGAAGUGGAUUGGUGUUACACUCAAAAGUUAAUCAAAUGUGUCACCUGUUGUUCUAGUUCUGAGCUGUAUUUCUUCUUUUCUCCCUAGACUUUGAAUGUGUUCUGGACAGACAACACCAGGCAGUGGCCUACAGUGAGCUAAGCCAGCUACAGAUAUCUGACGAUGGGAAGGUCCGCUGGGGUUCUGACUCUGUAGGGAAGGAGAGGAGUGAGUUCCCUCCAGGGGCACAACGGUAGGAAAUGUGAUUGGUAGAUUUCAGAAGUUUUGGUUGAAAAAGUGUUGCUGAUGUUCUGUUAUCAUGGUUAAACACAUUGAAGGGGAUUUCAUAGGUGCUGAACAAGGACUUUUUUUUCCCCUUUUCACUUAACUCAGUGUUGCUGUGGACUUCUUGGAUUCCAAAUCCUUCUGCAAACAGUCUCGUCACAUGAAAGGGGAAGCCAUGAUGAGAAAGAGACAUCUGGAGAUUCUGGGAUAUCAUGUUGUCCAGGUAUGUGUGUGAAAUGUCUGUCCUCAAAAGUGGUAUUAAUGUAUAUAACAUUCUACAUCACUGAUGAAUGGUAAUGUCAUUUAAACAGAUCCCUCAUUUUGAAUGGAACUCUAUGGAGCUCUCCACACAGGAUGCAUGGAAGGAAUACCUUAGGAAGAAGAUCAUUACUGAGCUUCCCUGAAGCACCUAGAUGUUGAAUCAAUGACGCGUUAUAUUGCUUUUGCUACUGAUGUGAGAGAAAAAGUCUGCCUUUGGAAAUGUAUAUUUGCAGGCAGAUCAUUGACAAUUGAUGUUAAGCAUCAGCUGUUUAUCAAGUGCUCCUUAUUGCCUUCUCCAAAUCCUAGAGUGGACAUGGCGUUAUGUCACCUCUUGCCAAGAGAGAUUGUAUCAUAUGAAGUGUAACGUUUGUC